ACAAAGCAGGUGCUACAACUCACAAAUUAUCUAAAAUAUUAUUGCAGACUUGAACAUCAAAGUGAUAUUUCCAUGCAUCAACCACCUCACAAAUUCAUUGUUUGGUCGAGAAGUCGGAAGAAAUCUUAGGGGACAUUAAUAGGUUAAUGUAGAUGGUUACUGGUGUCGCGAUGGGCCAUUUAUGUGGACAAUGUUAAGAAAAUUACCUCCUGUUUGGAAACUCCAACCUAUUUGUUUAUUUCCCAACUCAACACGUUUAUGAUCGAGUGAUGAUAAGAUGAACCUACCCCCUUCUCACCCGACUGAAAGAUCACAGCCAAGAAAAUGGUCAAACUACUCUCAUUUCCUCUCAUCUCUGUCUUCUUCCUCAUAAUUUUCCCACUUGCUAACUCUUUCGAUUCUCAUUCGCAACCCCAUGUUCUCAAAUCCUUCAACCCCCAAAUCAUUCAGGCAGCAAAGAGCUGUCCCUACACACUUGUCAUCAAGACCAGCUGCUCCUCUUCAUCUUACACCAGAGACAAAAUCAGUCUCGCGUUUGGUGAUUCCUACGGCAACGAGGUGUAUGUAAAGAGGCUUGAUGACCCAUCUUCAGGGACGUUUGAGAGGUGUUCCACAGAUACUUUCCAGAUAAAUGGGCCAUGCACAUACGAUAUCUGUUAUCUGUACCUGCUGAGGAGCGGAUCGGACGGCUGGAAACCGGAGAGUGUGAAAAUCUCCGGUCGAUAUACGAAGACUGUUAAUUUCUAUUACAGUAUAUUCCUGCCAAAUGGAGUGUGGUAUGGGUUUAAUCUGUGUCGUGGUGUUUCCCUCUCUGCAAUUAUGUAGAUGAUGACAAUAUCAUGAUUGUGAUUAUUGGUGUGUCGUUUUAAAUAAUCGGAUCGUGAGAUGAUCAUUGCUUCGGUUUUUAAUUUGAUUUUAGA